AUGACUACCGCUGCUGUAGUGAGUGAAUUUGAGUUCUGGUAUGGUACAGAGAGGAAUAAAGUUGUUGAAGAGAAACGAUAUUUUGGCAAACAAAUUGAUUAG